CUUACUCGGAGCUUGUCUUGCCGUUUCGCCUCAAAUCGAGGCAGUAGCAGAAGAGAUCGGCUAUGCUCACUGAAAUUUUAACCUAUUUCGUUGUUCUGGGACACGUAUUAGUUUGUCCCUAUACUAAAGUUGAGGAGAGUUUUAAUCUACAAGCUUCACAUGAUAUUCUGUACCAUGGUCUGAAUAUAACGCAGUAUGACCACUUAGAAUUUCCUGGAGUGGUACCAAGGACUUUCCUGGGAACUCUAUUUGUAUCUGCCGUCUCAUGGCCUCUGGUCACUCUGGCUCACUAUGCUGGACUGACCAAACUAGUCAGUCAGUUGAUUGUGCGCGGUGUUCUUGGUGUAUGUGUGGCGUGGUCACUACUACAAUUUAAGAAUGCAGUGUCAGGAAUAUUUGGUCAAAUGGCUGGAAAGUGGUUACUGCUGGUCACCAUGUCACAGUUCCAUUUCAUGUUUUAUGCAUCAAGGACUCUGCCAAAUAUAUUUGCCUUAGCAUUAGUCCUGCUGGCCCUGAAGGCGUGGCUGAAACAAGAUCACGCCCAUUAUGUGUGGCUAUCUGGCUGUGCUGUGAUCAUCUUUAGAUCAGAACUUGUUCUCCUCCUGGGACUUAUGGUUCUUAUGGAGUUAGUUACUUUGAGGCUUAAAAUAGGGACUCUGCUGAAACAUGGGGUGUUGGCAGCUGUGGUAUGGGUUGGAGCCACAGUAUUGGUGGACUCGUGGUUCUGGCAGAGAUGGCUGUGGCCAGAAGGAGAGGUCUGGUGGUUUAAUGUGGUGCUCAAUAAAAGUUCUCAGUGGGGUACACACCCAUUCCUGUGGUAUUUCUACUCAGCCUUGCCCAGAGCCAUGUCCAGCAGCAUGGUGUUGAUUCCCCUGGGUUGUUACCUGGACAGGAGACUGGGGGUCAUUGCUUUUCCAGCGGUAGGGUUUGUCCUCCUUUACUCUGUCCUUCCACACAAGGAGCUGAGGUUUAUAAUCUACGUGGUGCCGAUGUUGAAUGUCAUUGCGGCAGUAGUCUGUGCUAGAUUAUGGAACAACAGAAAAAAGUCUGUGUGGAGUAAAUUCCUGGCCCUGGGUGCCUGUGGGCACCUGUUAGUCAACCUCUGUACCACUGGAGCUUUUUUGUAUAUCUCCCACCUAAAUUAUCCCGGAGGAACUGCUAUGUAUCGUCUCCAUCAGCUGGAGGCAGGAAAUAAAGUUGUACAUGUUCACAUAGAUGUGCCAACAGCUCAGACAGGUGUGUCUAGAUACACACAGGUGCAUCCAUACUGGAGGUACAACAAAACAGAAGAUCUAGAACCCGGAGGCAAGGAGAUGAUGUCAUACACUCAUCUUAUGAUAGGAACAGAGAGCAGUGAAAAUGGCAAACUAAAACCUUACAGGGAUACUCAUGAUAUAAUAGCGGAAAUUCCAGGCUUUGAGAGAUUGCAUUUGAAUGUUAAAUCUUUUCCACCUGUAAAAGUGAUAACCAGACCUAAGAUUUUUAUUUUGAAGAAAAAAUGAGGUCAUUCAUUCCAGUCUUGUUUUUGU